UGUGGCAAGUCAGUAAAAAAUUGAAUAAAUAUGAGGAUGCACAACUCCUUGUUUCAGGGUUAGGGCUGGCUCCCUGGGACUGUAGUUUGGGCUCUCACGUCCUGCAGUAAACCAAUAGCUAGUCAAACGGAUUUUAAUCCACAGGAUUAAUAACAAUUACCAGGGACCAUGGUGGGAAUGAAGCCCUCCGAUACACCCCCUACCCUGGGGGUGAAGCUGCUGAGUGCUGGCUCAGCGGCCUGCAUCGCUGACCUGGUCACCUUUCCCCUGGAUACAGCCAAAGUCAGACUCCAGAUUCAGGGAGAGAAGGUGGCGUCGGAAGCUACCAAGGGCAUCCGCUACAGGGGGGUGUUUGGGACAAUCAGUACCAUGAUCCGGACGGAGGGGCCCAGGUCGCUGUAUAACGGUCUGGUGGCGGGCUUACAGAGACAGAUGUGCUUUGCCUCCAUCAGGAUCGGCUUCUAUGACAACGUCAAAAACUUCUACUCUGGCGGCGCAGACACUGCAAAUAUUGGUAUCCGUAUCUUGGCCGGCUGCACCACAGGGGCCAUGGCUGUGUCUUUCGCCCAGCCCACGGACGUGGUGAAGGUCCGCUUCCAGGCUCAGGUCAACCUGACCGGGGUGGCUCGUCGCUACACGGGCACCAUGCAGGCCUACAAACACAUUUUCAACCACGAGGGCAUCCGCGGGCUCUGGAAAGGCUGUCUACCCAACAUCACUAGGAACGCUCUGGUCAACUGCACAGAGCUUGUGACCUAUGACCUCAUCAAGGAGGCCAUUCUUAGGCACAACCUGUUGUCAGAUAACCUCCCGUGUCAUUUUGCUUCUGCGUUCGGCGCCGGCUUCGUUACCACCUGCAUUGCCUCUCCGGUGGACGUGGUGAAGACACGAUACAUGAACUCUCCGCCGGGCCAGUAUAAGAGUGCCAUCAACUGUGCCUGGACCAUGGCCACCAAAGAGGGACCCACGGCCUUCUACAAAGGAUUUGUGCCCUCAUUUCUAAGGCUGGGCUCAUGGAACGUUGUGAUGUUUGUGUCGUUUGAGCAGCUCAAGAGAGUCAUGAUGGUAGGAAAGCAGAAGAUGGAGGACAAAAGUUAACUUCAUUCCUAAUGAUGACAAGCGCACAAACCCUAGCCAUAUUGAGUUGGACCCACAAUGUAGUGUAGACUACAGGAACACUAUGGACCACGAUCCAUAACGUUAAGAUUCCUAUGUGUUCGUCAGCAUGUUGUAUGAAUAAUGAGGAAUCCUUUGUUAAAAAAGGAGUUGUGAAAGUGCAUUUGAAGUGCAUCUACCUUGGAGAACAGUUUUAUUUUCUCUAUUGUUAUUUAUUUUGACCUAUACUUCUCCUACGGUCUCAAACCAGUCCACGGAGACCUCUAGCCAUUCUCUAUAGUGUAUUUAGCACACCUGCCAAAUGUGAACUAAUCAGCAAGCUGCUGUUACUUUAAAUCAGAUGUACUAGGGUUAGGAUACAGAGUACUCUAGGAACGACUAGAGUUAAGGCAGCCCCCUCCGCAACGCUCUGAUUCAGAGGGGUUGGGUUAAAUGCGGAGGACACAUUUCAGUUGAACGCAUUCAGUUGUGCAACUGACUAGGUCUCCCCCUUUCUCUUAAUUCCCCCCCAAAACUUUUAAUUAGUUAUAGUUUAAUAAUUAGUAUUUAGAUGGAGGUAAUUUGCAAUAUAUUGAACUUAAUAAAUAUACUUUGUUUGUCUGUGUUCAUUGUAUUGUUCAUUACACCAUCCAUUUAAUCUCAAUCUCGGGCCUGACAGCUGACAGUCAUCACACACACAUCCAAAAACAUCACAUCAGAAGUUUAAUUUAUUAACACUGGACAUGUGUCAGUCGUUACAAAGAUCCAUACUGGGUCUACAAAAUGUCAAAUCAUCUUAAAAAAAAAAAAAAUCAGGGCCCACGGCCUAUAAAUAACAGACAAAAUACCAUACAAAGUCAGCUUUCAGCAAAGACAAUAUUGUACGAAUGUGUGGAAUAGGCAGCGGCGUAAUAACCAGUAAUCUCAGCACCACCUAUUGAAAUGUAUUGACAACGACGGUAUCAAUUCAAACGCAUUAAAACAUGCACAGAGCUCUCAGUGUCUGAGUAAGUAGUACAACCACUGAGCAUUAGGUAAACAAAUUAUUCCUUAGUUGUAAGUCUACUACGAUAUAAAUUCCCUCUCUGGACACAUAUUUGAUUCCUGAGCAAGAAGGACAAAUACGAGAAUGAGUAGGCAAAGUUAUUAUGAAUACAUGCGAGACGGCACUUGUUGACUUUGUUAAAUAAAUUCAAACCUAGUUACCAGCUAGUUAAUAUUAUUCACCAAUCUCAAUUUCCUCUAAAACUAUUAUGUAAUUCCUUUCCAUGUCCACUGAAAAGUACACAGCCAAUCAACUACAUAGAACUAGUGCCCUACUAUUUUAUUUCCCCUUUUGUAAUAUUUGAAGCAUUGGAAUGGUCAUUAUUUGAGGCAGAGGGUUGAAUUCCAGUCACUUGGUCUUAUUUAUUUCUAAAAACUACUAAAGUCACUAAUUUAUAC